AUGAUGUCCCCAUCGAUGAAGUCCAUGUCCAAGGCAGCCAAUCCCCCAGCCCUCCUCCCCGUUUCCCACGUCUCGGUGGACGACAACGAGCCCUCCAGUUCCUCCUCCUACGCUUCCUCAGGAUCCGAGAAGUAUUCUACCUUUGGGUUCAGCAAUACCGGCAACCGUUUCCCCUCGAGGAGCAGUUCGCGAUUGACAGACCCUACCCCUCCGCUCUCGCCUACCCAACCCGCACCGGCCAAAGCUGUCGAUGGAACUGUUCUCAUUGCUGAGCAGAAUCAAGCGAAGCCUCAGAUGCCGUCUUUGCUGUGUGUGCUUAGCACGAGCACGGAGUCGGUGGAUGGACCUGAAGAUUCGGGCUCCUCGAAGCAGGUCGUUGUUAACGAUCCCGUGUCUGUGACGAUUCGCCCUGACGCCAUCGUCCCCGAGAUCACGAGCAUCCUGCCCUACCUCGACGCGCGCUUCCCGCACGGGAUCCCGGUAGUCUUGAACGCGCUCGCGAAAUGGAGGAACGACAACGAGGAACAGCUCACGGAACACGACAGGCUUGUUCUCAAGGACAUCGAAGAGUCGGAGUCGCUUAGGGUUUGGAGGGAGGAGUAUUACGAGAGUGGAUUGAGUGGUGGUAGGGCUUUUGGGAGUGCGGUUGGAGAGAAGAACUCGGAGUUGAGCACCUUCGGUAACCCGUUCACUUCACCGCCUGUCAGCCCUACCCAUGGGUACCACCCUGAAGAACCGCUCGUAGUCUCAGACAGACUGGUUUCUAUCGUGGCAGCGCCACAAGAGACUCGAGUGAACGUUCCGGAGGGCGGUCAUGGGAAUGGGAAUCAAGCAACAAUGUUGCAGGUUCACAUCGUCGACGGGUUCGUGGAAUGGAAUGGGGGGUACGCGCAGCUGUUCUCUACUGCACCGAGCCUUGCAUGUCUCGCUGGUGGUGCAGUGGAGGACGGAGAGGGCAUCAAGUCGUCUGCUACGUUCGAUACUUCGUCGUGUAGCGAGUUCGAAACUACCAACUGGGCCGCCAUCACUUCCCCGACGGCGUCCGAAUUGGAAGAACUCCUCCCAUCGGCAUCGAGCUGCAACUGGUUCGACGACUUGAAGGACAUGCCCGCCGCCGAAGUCGCACCGGGCGAUUGGACAAACUACGACUGGCUCAACACUCCGUUCGAACCCCAAGUCGACAACAAAUCGAACGUGGGCUUUACGGGCAUGAUCAAUAAUCCACUCUCGACACCCGUUCUGCGACCCCUCGAAGGGCUCGGUAUACCCUCGCCUCUAAGCUUGGCUACGCCCUCCGACCCCCCUUCCGCUGCCAUGGCCGAGUUCACCACCUCCAUGAAUGCCGCUUCAGCGGCGUCGACGACGAUGACGACGACGACGAGCUGGCCUCAUCCGUUCCCCAAACCUGUUAUCGCCAGCGAUGACUUUGUUUGGCCGUCGAUGUUCCCGGCGGUGGGUGAAUGGCCGACUUCUGAGUUCAGCGGCCAAGUUUCUGGAGACGCUUCCGCGGACCAUUCAGGCACUUCGGUUGCGUACCCUCUGCACGGGGCCGAAGGGGCUCCUUCGCCUGAACUGCGCCCAGUCGGGGACAGCCAGGAACUCAGCCCGCUCUUCACUCCUCGCCUUCCAGGUCUCUCCCCUAUCUCGUUCGAAGCUCUCUGCUACUACCCCCUGGGACAGGACAACGCGUUGGUACCUGUCCAAUUUUCCGAGGGCGAAGCACCACAACCCGACCUCGCUUCCCAAGCUACAACGAAGCACACCAAUCCCCACGUGGCUACCAUAACCGCCACCCCGCCCAAAAACCUCCAGUUUACGGGCAACGCUUCUGAUUUUGGUUUUGAAUCCGUGUCCAUCUCUGCUCCUGUUCCCGCCUCUGUUCCAGCAGCUGUUUCUGGUAUCACCCUUCAGGAUGCCGCCACUGUCAGCAGACAGGUCCCCGCCAAGCUCCUCGUGACUUCUUCCCGUCUCGUACCGGUUUCCGUCACCCCUGAACAAUUGGAGACCUUGUCUUCCACGUCCGCUGUUCCCUUUGACGCGUCUCAUUUAUCGAAAUCCGAUCCUUCCGUUCAUCAUGAAGACCUCGAUAUCAUAGAGCUACGCGAGCUUCCGGUUCAAGUGGACCUGAAGCAGUCUGCAGCUCCUGGCUCUGGUUUGUCUCGGAAGCGUUCUGAUGGUCGUUCGAGAGGCACCGUCAGACCGAAGGUUCGGACUCCUCGAGAGACUACCAGCGAUGGUGUCCCCUCGCCGUUCUCGCCCAGGUCCCAAGGCAGCAACUCGUCUAUCCGCGAACCCCGUCCGAAGUCCAGGUCAAAGACCGACUCGAGGCCGAAACGAUGGAACGAAUUCCGCGACCGUCCCGACUACACUCGCAGCCCUGCUGACAAGAAGACCCUGACAAGCGAGUCGUAUCCUCUUUUCAUGGCUCGUCUCCAACUCGCCGCUGCCGAGGAAUCGAACUUUAAUAGUUCAUCGGAUGAAGACGCUGACGGCUCCCCCUCAUUCUCACCCUCCGCCCUUUUGAUGGCGCCUAGAAGGCCCCGGCGGCAGCGCCGCCGUAUUGAUAUAAACUGGGAGGAGGAAGAGGUUGAGCCGGCCAGCCCUAUUUCGUCUCCAUGUAUCUUGCUCGAUGGCUCCUACGCAUACGACUCUGAUACGCCGACGCCCACGCUUGUUGUACCUGGUGUUCACAAGCGAGUGAGGCAGCUUCGGAGUGCAGUGGACUUGCCUACCUCCGUCUCCGGUCCCCCGCAGUGUUCCUCCACCUGGCCAAUGCGACAUGGGCAGAGCCCACAGCGCGUGUUGGACUCCAGCUUGGAUCUGAAGUCCGGGAAGGCCCCUUUGCGUUCGGCACACCAGUAUGUUCCACAGGUUCGCAGCUCGUUGGUUCCCUCGCAGAGUCCCCCGCUUGCGAGUGACGGAUUCUCAGCUCUGUCCAAUGGUGUCCCAUUUGUUUCUCGACGUGCGGAGAUCCUCAGGUUUGCCGCGUCCCUCUCCGACGAAAUCGUGGAGAUGCUGAGGAACGACAACCCUGGAGACGUCGACAUCGAACCGGUCUCUGUCGACAUCUCGCCGUCCUUCGGAGCUAGCAUGACUCCCUCGCAUUCGGUUGGUCACCUCGCCAGUGUGACCAGCCUCGGAAAAGGCGUUCCCUCGAGUUUAUCAUCCGAACUUCACUCGCGCGCCAGUUCCAUGAUCUCCUCGUCCACGCGCACCUCUGUGGAUGGGCUGGCGGAGCAGCUUCAGGGGCUUGAUGGACCCAAGUAUAACACCCUUGACAGCACUUACCGUUACCCCAAGCGCCAACUGCACAGCAUCCCGGAGGAGCUCGUCAAAUCCGAAUCGCUUUAUCAGACUCCCAUAUUCACGGAAGACCUCUUCACUCCUUCACAAUUAUCGACAUCAUCGACCCUAUCGACUCUCUCGAAUCUAUCCUCUUUCGAUCUGCAUUCCCUGAUGGUCGGCACACUGCCUACUGCCGCCCACUCAUCACGCAGGCGCAAGCGCCAGAUCGUCCUCUCGACUCUCAAACUCGCUCUUCACCCCCUACGCUCCUUCGCGAGCAAAGUUGCGUCACUUUCGUUUUCUCGGCCGCCGCCACUGUCGUCAAUAUCGUCCCCGGCCAUGGUCGUCCAUCAAGACAUCCCACAAGACUUGAACCUGACUGGCCAACGACGGGCGGCUAAUAGGUAUUUAGGUAUACGAGGUCGUUCACCAAUGUCUGGAACGGUCAGAAGUUUCUUGUUCUGA